AUGUCUAUUAUUGAUUUUUCUGCUCUCUCCCUCCUGCGACAGACACUCUCUCCAGGAGUCAUUCACCUGCCGGACGACCCAAAAUACUCUACCAAACGUUGGGCGCUAAAUGCAGAACGACAAGCUGCGGUGGUGGCAUGCCCGGCCACCCCCGAAGACGUUGUUCAAAUACUUUUAUUUGCUCAAGGUAAAGAGCCAUACGCUGCUCAAAAACGACUGCAUGUCGCGGUCAAGGGCGGAGGUCAUACACCAUCUGGCGCGUCAAGCUCAGAUGGGGGCCUCGUAAUCGACCUUCAGCCCAACAUGAGUGCUGUGCGAGUGGAACCUACUGAGAAACUCGCAUAUGUGGGCGGAGGAGCACUAUGGCGAGACGACUGGCGUCUGUUGCGGGAACUGUCAGUCAUACUGGAGUUGACUGACUCUUGGAGGAGGAUUGGCUGGCUAGCCGGGCGUCACGGCCUUGUCAUUGACAAUCUAGUCCAGGCAACAGUCGUAACGUCAUCGGGAAGUAUCCUCACCGCAUCCGAGUCGGAAAACUCGGACCUGUUCUGGGCAAUACGUGGCGGAGGAGGAAUUUUGGCGUAG